UGAGCUAGGGUGAUGCUGCUGGCUGCUGCUGGCUCAGCAAUCAGCAGCAAUGCCUUGAUAUAAAAGGUCGCCAAUGAUGCCUACCGCCACAUUCCCCCAACCAACAAGUCCAACCUCCUCUCCCCCUCUUUCGCACUACUCUAGAGGAUUCCAACCAUGGCUGCUCCCCACCUUCCCCCAGUCUCAUCUCCAUUGGCUGACUCCGGACGCACCCCCACCCAACCUGCUCGCUUUGGCGCCCAUGCCUGCAAGCCCAAAUGCUACAAGCCCCUUCCUAUUGCCUUUGCUGCUACAAUUCCCAUGAUGACUUCCAGCGCAAAACACUCCUACCGCUUGACCCCCAAUGGAAUCGAGUUGAUGGCCGACAAUGCAAAGCUUGACCUCCUUGUUCGUCGGACUCGCCUAAGGGACUCAUAUCUUGGUCAAUGA